UUACAAGAUUGUAUCAUUAUAUGGUAUUCAUUUUAUCCUAUUGCUUCUCAACCCUAGAACAUUGAGAUUAUUAUUUUAUUUCAAAAAGGAGAGAAAUAGCAAAGAAAUAAGUAAUAAAUUUACUUAUGUCUACAUAAUAUGCGAAAGAUUACGGCGUCUUUUAGGUCACUGAGUUGUCUGGAAGACGAGCAGCGUCUCAAAAUGAGAACGUUAAAUAUGAAAGGAGAGCGAAAGAGAGUAAGAGAGAGAGAGAGAGAGAGAGAGAGAGAUUCGAGCGACGAAAAUAAGUACAAGGAGAGGAAGCUCAAGUCGGAGAAGUAGAGAUUGCCUUUGCAAGAAUCCGUCGAGUUGCGGCACUCCGCACCUCGGCAGAAGAAACCGAAGAUAUCGGUAUUUUCCGACGGUCCUCUCGCUAGCUUUAGAAAUGUCAUAGUUUGACGAGCGAAGGCUUUGGCUUUCCGUGAAGUUCUCGUGAAGUUUGCGAGAAAACGGUCGCAGAAAGAGAGAAAUAGAAGGACGGAGACGGAACGAGCGAGCAUGUCGUUCCUCUCUAAAAUUAGAGUGAUGAGGAAGAAGAGAAGGGGAUGGCCCCUUAUAGAGCUUGGGACGCCGAGUUUGUGACCAGGGUUAGCAAACUGGCAUUUUCUCUCUCCCGUCUCGGAAUAUCGGAUUACUUCGACAUCGUCGCGUCGGUGCACGCCGUCCGGUUCAUUCAAUUUCGACUUUUCUUCUCGUUUCUUUUUUCACCCCCCGCAAGCACUAAACAACCGCCAACAUGUCUGACGACGAGGACCAAUACUCCGGCGAGGAGGAAGUCGAGGACGUGGGUAGGGCGUCCCAAAAGGAAUCUGGCGAGAGUAUCGAGUUUAUGAAGAAACAAGAACAGAAAAGAAGUGAACUCGACGAACAGCUUAAAGAAUAUAUAGCGGAAUGGCGAAAGCAGAGAGCCAAGGAGGAGGAGGAGUUGAAGAGAUUAAAGGAGAAACAAGCCAAGCGCAAGGUCACCCGUGCGGAGGAGGAGAAGAGAUUGGCUCAAAAGAAGAAAGAAGAGGAGGAACGUCGUCAACGUGAAAUCGAGGAGAAGAAACAACGUGACAUCGAAGAGAAAAGGAGGCGCUUGGAGGAAUCGGAAAAGAAGCGUCAGGCUAUGAUGCAAGCGGUGAAAGAACAGAGCAAAAAGGGCCCCAACUUUACUAUCACUAAGAAAGAUCUUUCGGGCAAUCUUUCAUCGGCGCAACUCGAGCGUAACAAGACUAAGGAACAGCUCGAGGAGGAGAAGAAAAUUUCCCUUAGCAUUCGCAUCAAACCCUUGGAAAUCGAGGGUAUGUCGAUCGACAAGCUUCGCGUCAAAGCGACCGAAUUGUGGGAGAGCAUAGUAAAACUUGAAACCGAGAAAUACGAUCUGGAAGAGAGACAAAAGCGUCAGGAGUAUGACCUUAAAGAGCUGAAGGAACGUCAAAAGCAGCAACUGAGGCACAAAGCUCUGAAGAAGGGUCUCGACCCUGAAGCUUUAACCGGCAAAUAUCCUCCGAAAAUCCAAGUCGCCUCAAAGUAUGAACGUCGCGUCGACACCCGAUCUUACGAUGACAAGAAGAAACUCUUUGAGGGCGGCUAUGACACGCUUUUAGCGGAGACCAACGAGAAAAUAUGGAAACAGAGAGCAGAACAGUUUAUGAAGCGCAACAAAACGAAGUUGCCGAAGUGGUUUGGCGAGCGACCGGGCAAGAAGGCUGGCGAUCCCGAUACACCCGAGGGCGAGGAAGACGUGAAGGCUACGGUUGACGAGGAUCUCGAUCUCGAAGAACCGCAAUUCGAGGAGGAAGAGGAGGAGGAGGGUGGAAAAGAGGAAGGCGAAGAGGAGGAAGAGGAGGAAGAGGAAGAGGAGGAAGAGGAGGAAGAGGAAGAGGAGGAAGAGGAGGAGGAAGAAGAGUAAAAUUUCCGAUCGCUUCGGCGUGCAUACGCAAAUAUUAAGAAAAAAAGAAAAUUAAAAAAGAAGGAGAAAAACGAAAAAGAAAAAAAGGGAAGGAAACAUAAUUCAAAUUCGGUACACGAUCAUUCCACAAUCUCGUUUAACGUCUUUCGAAUCGUCAAACGUAAUUGGUGGAGCAGCAGUAGAGCGACGACGUUUUUUAUCCACUUCCGGCAAUACUUUUUUCGGAAGCUCUCGAUCGUCAGCUCACGUUAUCAACGGUUUCUCUUUAGUAUUCAAACGAUCAAAUGAACCAUCUCGGGCAACGAGAUGAACAAUGAUUGCUAUUUCCGUAGCAGAUCAUACCGUCACCAGCCGUUUGUAAUUACUACGGCUACAAUGCUAUUACGAUUGUACCAUUACUAUUAUUACUCCUAUUGUAAUUAUUACUAUUAUUACUCCUACUUCUAUUAUUACGAUUAUUAUUAUAAUAUUGUACAAACACGAGUGCGCAAAUUAUUAAAAUAAAACGGUUUUAUCGUAUAAGACUCAUCAAGGAAGCAAACUUCGCCUGCAGGUAAAGUGUGUACCAUCUCGAGUUCUACAGUUACGUGUCUUGAAAUAAAAUAGAAGCUACAGUAAA